AUGGUGGUCGACACAUCGUACUACGAUGCGCUCGGCGUCAAGCCAGACGCUUCGGAGCUGGAGAUCAAGAAAGCAUACCGCAAACUCGCAAUCACAACCCAUCCCGACAAGAAUCCCGGUGAUGAGCAAGCACAUGUCAAAUUCCAAGCUAUCGGUGAAGCAUACCAAAUACUAUCCAGCAAAGACCUGCGAGCACAGUACGACAAGUACGGCAAAGAGAAGGCCAUGCCCAACGCCGGAUUCGAGGAUCCCUCGGAGUUCUUCUCGAUGAUCUUUGGUGGUGAUGUAUUCGUUGACUACAUCGGCGAGCUCACGCUUAUGAAAGACCUGACACAUACGAUGGAAGUGCACAUGGAAGAGGCGCAGGAGGAGGACCUAGCGAAGCAGGCAGAAGAGAAGCUGAAUGUCCACGACGACGCAAAGAACUCCACUGAUGCCUCGACAUCGGCCAAAGCGAAAGAGGCAGAGGCCGCAGCAUAUGCACAGCCGGCCGCUGCUGCUCCACCACCACCAUACGUAUCAUCAGGUACAGCAGCCGACAUCCCAUCAUCACAGACCUCUGACCCCCACGCAUCCGGCACAUCCACGCCACGAAGAAAUUGGGGCCAGCAGGCCAUCAUGGACAAGUCGGAAGAAGACGCCCGCAUGGAAGCCGCGGGCUUGACCGAAGAAGAGAAAGAGCUGCAAAAGAAGAAAAAGAAAGGCGGACUCACCAAAGAGCAGCGCGAGAAGCUCGAAGCGUAUGAAGCCGAGCGCCGCAAGAAGCGCGAAGAGCGCGUCGACUCACUCUCCAAGAAACUCAUCGACCGCAUCUCUGUCUGGACUGAGACCGACAAGGGCCGAGAAGUCACCAAUGCCUUCCAAGAAAAGACCCGCCUCGAAGUUGAGAACCUGAAGAUGGAGUCCUUUGGUCUGGAAAUCCUACACGCCAUCGGCACCACCUACCUGCAAAAAGCUACGUCGUUUCUCAAAUCACAGAAGUUCUUGGGCAUCUCAGGCUUCUUCUCGCGCUUAAAGGACAAGGGCACACUUGCCAAGGAGACAUGGACGACCAUCUCUACCGCCAUCGAUGCGCAGCUUACCAUGGAGGAGAUGGCUAAGCUCGAAGAAGCCGGCGGUGCAGACUGGACGGAUGAGAAGAAGGCCGAGUAUGAGCGUAAAGUCACAGGCAAGAUCCUCGCUGCGGCGUGGCGGGGCAGCAAGUUCGAGAUCCAAGGCGUGUUGAGGGAUGUGUGCGAUAAGGUACUGAACGACAAGACGGUGAAGCUUGAGAAGCGUGUGGAGCGUGCUCAUGCGUUGGUGCUGUGUGGUACUAUUUUCCAAAAGGCCGAGCGCGACCCAGAUGAAGAAGGCGACUACAUGGCCUUUGAACAACUAAUGGCCGAGUCGAUGCGAAAGCAAGACAAGAAGAAGGACAAGGAGAAAGAGAAAGACAAGCCCGCCGUUGGUCAUGAGCACAAAGCCAAGAAGGAGGGAGAGGGCCACCACUUCUUCCCGCAUAAACACAACGCGUCACCAUCUCCGGCGCCCGCCGAUCGCGAGCCUUAG